UUGUAAAGCACGAAAACAAACAAAAUCCAAAAUCCAAAAUCCAAAUCCCUUUUUUAUCGCUCCCUGUCUCAAAAAAUGAGCAGAAACGAAAACGCCACAACGUGUUCAUCUCCGGAGCCGAACAAGAAACUCAAACGCAUCAGAGACACAGAGGACUCGAAGCACCCGCUUUACAGAGGAGUCCGAAUGAGGAAUUGGGGGAAAUGGGUGUCCGAAAUUCGUGAGCCAAGAAAGAAAUCCCGCAUUUGGUUAGGCACUUUCCCGAGCCCUGAAAUGGCUGCACGAGCCCACGAUGUAGCCGCCUUAAGCAUCAAAGGAAAAGCUGCAAUCCUUAAUUUCCCCGACCUGGUACACCUCCUUCCCCGCCCUGUCUCCCUUGCCCCUCGUGACGUUCAGGCCGCCGCCACUAAAGCCGCUCAUAUGAAUCAUUUCUCCUCUACUGAUACUAAUAACAACAAUUCCUCCUCCUCCUCCUCCUCCUCCUCCUCCUCCUCCUCCUCCUCCUCCGAUGCCACCGAGGAGCUCACGGAGAUCGUCCAGCUACCGAGUCUCGGAACGAGUUUCGACGGCGGCGGCGGUGGUGAGUUAGUGUUUUUUGACUCGGGGCAGGAAUUGGAAUCUGGGUGUUGGAUGUACACGCCGCCAUGGGUGCAGAGCUUGGAGGAUUGUGAUAAUGAUGAUUAUGGUAAGUUCGAAGGAUUGCUGUGGGAUUAUUGAAAAUCAAAUAAAUUCAUAUGGUUCUUGUUGUUCUUGAGUUGUUAAGGUUAAUUUCUCAAAAUGUUGGUUUUGUUUUGUUUUUUUAGCCCUUUUUGGUUUUUUUUUUUCUUUUCUUUGAAAGGGCUUAAAAAACUCUGUUUUCUUCUCUUUGUUUGCUUUGUUCAUCUCUCUUCAAUGCAUACAACUGUACAGUCUUGACUGUUGAAAUGAAAUG